UAUAUUGUGAAGCAAUCCUGUGGAAGUGCUGUUGGGAGGGCUGCGGUAAAAACUCGAUACUACUAAGUCCUAUAUCAGGUAGUUCCUAGAUUAUAAUUGGACAAUGCCAUAAGGAGUUAUUGUGCCAAGCUCUUAUACCGCUUCAGAAAAGAUAUUAAUGAGGGUAAUUUCCGACUUUCAGCUAAUACAUGUAUAUCUACGGCGUAGUGCCAUCGAUAGAAAAGGGUGGCCGCAUUUAUUUUACCUUCGUUAUCAUCAUCAUAGUCUUGAUCCAGCAAAAAUUGGCACUCAUUCGUUUGGAACAAUCAUUUAGCUGUUCCGUUAGUAUCAGCCCUACGUAUUUGCGCAAUUUGGCAUAUCUUAUAGCAUAUAAAAAAUGGCGUGGAUCGUGUCUAAUCCACUAGCCUGGCUUCUGGUCGCCCAUGGCGCGCUUGCAGGUUUGACAGUUGACGUCGAAAAUACAGACUCUAUCAAGGCGGCAGCGGCUCUCGUAGCGGAGGAUCUCAUGGGACUUUAUGAUGGCGAAAAACCAGGUAAUGCCCCUGGCAUUUUACCUGGGGUUGCCGAGGGGGAUGUUAGUUGGUGGACAGGAGGUGUUCUAUGGGAUACUCUGCUGGACUACAAAGAUCGCUCCGGGGAGUCCAAGUAUGACGAAACUAUCUCGCGUGGUAUCCAAUGGCAGACUGGACCGUAUGACGACUUCCUCCCUAUAAAUUGGUCCGCGACAAUAGCCAACUCCGAUCAAGGCAUAUGGGCUCUAUCCGCUGUCACGGCUAACGAUGCCGGCUUGCAAUUAGAGAAUGACUCUCCCCGGUGGCUUACGCUGGCUAAGAACGUCUUCGACGGCCUAAGUAGCGAGGAUAGACGAGUUAAAGAAGGUGGCUGCGCUGGGGCCUUGAGGUGGCAGAUAUAUCAGGUAAAUAAGGGCUAUAAUUAUGUUGACUCUUCUUCGAACAUUGUAUACUUGAAUCUUGCUGCUCAAUUGGCACAUUUGACUGGUGAACAAUCCUAUGCCAAUGAAGCCGCUUCUACAUACGACAUACUCACGCGUAUCGGAUUCAUCACCGAAAACUUCGAUGUCUACGAUGGGGCACAUGUGGAUGACUGUACGGAUAUUAACAAGGUGCAAUUCUCAUGGAAUGCUGCGUAUCUCUUGGAGGGCUCAGCGUUCAUGUAUAAUCUUACCGGAAACGAUACCUGGAGAACACGCGUGGACGGCCUUGUCGAUCGAACUCUCGAGUUCUUCUUUCCGGAUGGCGUCGCGACCGAGGUCGCGUGCGAAGAGACAUCUUGUGACUCGGACAUGGAAUUCUUCAAGGGAAUGCUGCACAGGGCGCUCGCGUCUACCAUGCAAGUUGCGCCGCACACCGCUAGCAAGAUCCAGCCUAGUCUCAAAUCAAGCGCUAAGAAGGCCGCAGCCGAGUGCACGGGUGGUAACAACGGUCGACUAUGUGGAUUCGUCUGGAGCACCGGCAAAUUCGAUGGCAACACAGGGGCAGCUCAGCAGAUGAACAUGUUAAGUGCCUUGGUAAGCAUCCUGCCUAGGAGAGAGCAGACCUCUGGGGGCAACAGCAGCGCUGGUAGCGGUAGUGGUAAUAGUAGCGGAAGUGGAAACGAAGAUUCACAAGGGAACACUUCUAGCGAUGACACUCACGGCAAUGCAGGAACGAAGACUAGCGUAGGCCUUGCCCUCUUGGCAUCAGUAUUACUGGGAAGCCUCCUAUUGUAACAUUGUAACAUAUUAUGGUGUACCUUUUUAUGUUUACUUAGUUAUAUAGAAGUAUAUAGAUGAGUUAUUAUAUAGAACCUAUGAAAUAUUCU